AUGAUUCUUCCGUUGCAGACUCUGGCUCUGGGCGCCGCCUUCGCUCUCUCAAGUCUUCCACUCACUCAAGCCUUGCGUGCCAGUGAUAUCCCUGCCGACAUUCCCGUCUCGCAACUGAUCUCGUCCGCUACUGCUGCCCUCGCUCAAGGAAACGGCCAGGAUGCCUUGACCUACUUCGACGUCGCCAUCACUCGUGAUCCCAAGAACUACCUCACCAUCUUCCGCCGAGGUGCUGCAUACCUCCAACUCGGAAAACACUCCCAGGCUAGCCACGACUUCGACCGCGUCCUUUCCAUAAAACCUACCUUCGAAGGUGCUCUGGUUCAACGAGCAAAGAUCAAGAGCAGGAACGGCGACUGGACUGGUGCAAAGUCCGACUACGAGAUUGCUGGCAAGAAAGAUGGCGAUGAGGUUCGCGAGUUGCUCGACGCUCAAAAUGCUGCCUCUCUGGCACAGAAAGCAGAAAAGGAGGGACACUGGGCCGACUGUACUGCAAACGCCGAUAUUGCCAUCUUGGUCGCUGGAGGUGCCAUGGAUCUGAGACACACAAGAGCAAAGUGCCGUUUCGAAAAGGGCGACGUUGUUGAGGCUCUCAGUGACCUGAUGCACGUUGCCCAGGUCUCUUCUGGCUCGAGCGAACAUCUCCAAAUCUCUGCCACGUCAUUCUACGCUCUCAACGAACCCGUAAAUGGUAUGGGCCAGGUCAAGAAGUGUCUCCACUCGGAUCCCGACUCCAAGCCUUGUAGAAAACUGCUGAAAGCCGAGAAAGCCGUCGACAAGCAAAUGAAGAAGAUGAGAGAAGCCAUGGAAAAGAGCAGAUACGUCAAUGCUGUCAACAUGCUGGUUCCUACAACCGACGAAGAGGGACUUCUGAAGACGGUCAAAGAUGCCACACAGCAAUAUCGCGACGAGGGCCUCAUCCACAAGAAUGCACCCGAUCGCUUGUACAAUGACCUGGUCGAGCUGACGUGCGAGGCCUACACUGAAAUGAACAAUCUCAAGAAGGCUCAGCCGUACUGCGAGGAGGCCUUGACCCACAACCCCAACUGCCUGCCAGCCUUGAUUGGCAAGGCCACACGCCAGCUAGACGCCGACGAGUUUGAACCCGCCAUCCACACCCUCAACCAGGCCAAGGAACACCACCAGAACUCCCAAAAGGUCCAAGAACUGUUGCAAAAGGCUCAUACAUUACUCAAGAGAUCGAAGCAAAAAGACUAUUACAAGGUCCUUGGUGUCACCAGAGACUCCGAUGAGCGGGAGAUUAANAANGCAUACCGCAAGCUCACUAUCCAGCAUCAUCCCGACAAGGCUGCUCAGAAGGGAAUCAACGCCGAGGAAGCACAGAAGAAGAUGGCUGAGAUCAACGAGGCAUACGAAGUUCUUUCAGAUCCGGAGCUCAAGGCCAGAUUCGACCGAGGCGACGACCCUAACGACCAAUCACAACAAGGCAACCCCUUCCAGGGCCAACCAUUUGGCUUCCCUGGUGGCGGCGGUCACCAACAGUUCUUCCAUCAGCGAGGAGGAGGCGGUGGUGGCUUCCAGUUUAAGCAGCAAGGAGGUUUCCAGUUCCCUGGUGGAGGAGGUUUCCCAUUCUAG